AUGUCAUCAUAUUAUUUUACGAUCAUAGGAACAAGAGAUAACCCAUUAUAUGAACUAGAAUUCUCGACAUUCAAGGGAAAUGGAACAGCUCAGCAACUGCAAUAUAUUCCUGGUAAAACACAGUUCUCACCAAGUAUAAGAGAAAUCUUACCUUUCAUAUCGAACUCUUCUUUAGACUUGAUUGAAGAUGCACAGUGGUCUACUAAUCAGUUUUAUUUAGGAAAAGUGGAAUCAUUUUAUGGUCUUCUUGUAAACGCAUUCAUUACUCAAGGUAAUAUAAAGUUCAUAUUGUGUUAUGAUUUAAAUGGUCCUGGAACUAAUGGCACGGGUCUACAGAAACAUGAUGAAAACUCGAUUAAACAAUUCUUUAUUGAAACUAAUGAACUUUAUGUGAAAUGUUUGAUGAAUCCUUUUUAUUCCGUAAAUGAUGCCAUUUGCUCUCCAGAUUUUGAUUUACGAAUCAAACUACUAGCAAGAAAAUAUUUAUAA